AUGGGCCUCAUCAUCCUGUUAGCAGUCUCUGACAAUGUGAUGAUAUUCCGAGAGGCCUUUACAUUCAUUGAGCUCUUCUGCGGGACUGCAUGGGUAAGCAGAGUGAUGAGGUCGUCAGGAAAACCCACUGCUCAACUCGAUAUCUUGUUGACGGAGCCCAUGUACAAGAGCUCUCCCCAAAAUCCCAUGGAUUUAUUGAGUGAUUGUGGGUUUUUGUUAGCCCUAGUCAGCAUUCUCAAUGGCCAGUUUGAUGACUUUCUGGCGGUGGUUGCUAUGGUAUGCAGCUCAUUUGUGGCCAUAAAUCGAGGUACGAAUCAGCGAUAUCCAUAUGCACCACUAGGUGCCGAGGAAUACCCGAGUGUUGCCCGAGGCAACUUGCUAGCUAGCAGGUCAACUCUCCUUCUCCAUGCCAUCGUUGCAAUGGGAGGCUGCUUUCUUUUAGAGCAGCCGCGGUCUUCAACGUUGGACUGGCAUCCGAGGGUGCGGCAGCUGUUCCACGAUUUGGAGAAGGUUUGGUAUGCUUGUUGGCAUAUGGCCCACUACUAUUCCAAAUUUCCCAAGCGGCAAAUUGCUUGGGCAAACUCACCAGUUGUGGGGGAGCUGGACCUUGGAACCCUUUGCAAGAAGUAUGUCCGCAAGCUAGCUACUUUGGGGAAAUCUGCGAAGACCUAUGUCUCCCGUGGCAAGAAGAGAUUUGUUGGAACAAAAUCAUUGAAGAGCUCAGAGAACUAUCCUCCACGCUUUGGACAAAAACUCCAAAGAUUACAUGGUGAGUUCUGCAGCACGAGAGUUUUCCGGGAAGUGGACCCCAAAGUUAGCCCAGUUCCAAUAAAGGAUUUUUUUAUCUCCUUAGAAUGGGGGGACUUGUGGGAAGAUGCCAACAUGGUGUCCGUACUAGCUUGGCUGCGUGGCAACAAGCAUCUGCAGCUUGGUACAUGGCGUGAGUGUUUUCCCCAGGAGCUCUAG